AUGAAGACAUCUAAUGGCCAUUUGUGCUGUCAUCCAUUUUAUAGAUUCUGCCGUAAAUUCACCAGCAGAUUUUCUUUUGUUUCUUCAUAUCCUUUCUUUAUUUUAUUUUUCUUUUCUACUCUUCUUUAUUCACUGGCGCUCUUUCAUGCUCUGCUUAUUUUAGGAUUUACAAUGUCAAAUUACGCGCUUUUAGCUAUUUCUGCUGUAUGUGCUGGGUGCUCUAUACGUAUUAGUAUUUAG